AUGGUCUCGCAGCAGUUCAACGUCAGUGGCAUGUCCUGUGACGGGACAUGGAGUAUCCCAGAACCCGCGAGCCUUGACACGGCGCGGAAUUGUACACUGUACAGCAAUUUUGUGGUUUCCGUACUUCGCAAUGCCUACAAAUCCACCAACGACACCACCUACGAUAUGCAACUCUGUCAAGCAUCUCCGCAGGAUGCCUACGCAUUUGUGGUGGGCUCCCUCGCGAAUGGGUCCGCUCUGCCUUCAAUGUGCCAGUUUGCCGUGUCGUACUUUGCGGACCAAGGACCGUUUUGUAUGGGUAGUAAUAAUGCUGGGAGCUCGUUAGAGUAUCAGAAGAAACUUCUUUACGAUCCUCUCGAAACCUGCCGGUCAGAUCUCAAGGCGUCCAUGGGUCUAGAGAUCAAUUUAGACAUUGCGGGCAUUGGCCUCAUGGCUCUAGCGCGUCGCAGCAGCAAGGCAUGUAAUGGCUGGCCGACGCGGAUCGCGGGCUCGGUGCGGAAUACCGUCUCGGCUCUGUUCUCUGGGUCCCUUGUGCUUGGAUACUCUGUCGUGAUUGCGUCGCUAGCCACCUAUCUGAGGACGCCGCCAGACGAUCAGCUGAUCGAGGCGUGGGUUCGGGGUGCCGAUGUCAACAUGUACGAGAAUCCCUCCAUCUUUCUCGCAUCCGGUGUCUCUUUCUUCUCUGUAUUGUGUCUGCACUCCAUAAUUAGUAAUCCGAGGCGGAAAAAUCUGCGCCACGUCCUCGUCGUCCUCCUCUAUCUGCUGUAUACGGGACUGGCCUGCUGGACGGGUCUCACCACUUCGGGGCCAACCGAGUCCAACAUGUCUACCGCUGUAUUCGACGAGCCCCAGUCGGCCACCUGGAUGAGGUUCAUAGGUGACAAUUAUGCAAAAAUCAUCAUGGUGCUUCUCCUGGGUGGGCCCGGCCUCAUGGCGCUCGUGGCGCUCGUGGUCGCGCGCCUUCGAUCAUCCAAGAGGACUCAAUGGUGGUGUCUCCCCAGACAUUACAAGCAACAUCUCUGGAUCAUUACUGGCCUCGUUUCCUAUACCAUGAUGUUUGUUUGCAUUGCUCUGCUAGCAUAUCUGCGCAACCAAGCUACCGACGACAUCAAGGGAGAAACGCAGUCUGAAUGGAAGUUUGGGCAGAUUAUCCCUCUAUUCACUUGGGUCCCAGUCAUAAUAGAAUGGUGCUACAUGUUUGUUUUUGGUAUAGAGACUGGUCUUGAAGGCAAUAUGCCCAAGGAAUAUGACGCCAGAUAUAAUGGCAAGGCAGAAGGUACCGAUGCGGGAACCCAAAAGUAUCAAUAUGCAACAGCAGUCAGCCAUUUCAAGGACGCCAUCUAUAGGGUCGAUGGUGUGACUACUGACCCUUGA